UUAACCCAAAUACCCAUGUUCUCGAGCAAUCAAGAAUUUAAGCACAGAAACUACAACAUUGCACUUUCUUUGCACCAGGACGGCAAUCAGACAUGCGCUAACAAACACUCUCAGAAACAAAAAAAUGGGCGUCGGUCAUUUCGAUUAAGGCCUUCGUAACCUCCGUCCCGAUAACCUUUUCUUCUCCGUCUUCAUCUGCGAUCAACUGCUUUAUAUUAAGUGCAUACUUCUUCUGCCAUUUAUCCACUCCAUUUGCAGGCACAGGAAAGAAGAAAAAAGAAGAAGAAAAAUUACUUACCUGUGUUUACAGUAGCAAUGGCAGCAGCAGCAGCAACUUCCACCCCCACCUCAUCACUCAUUCAGCCAAUUUCAGCGAAAAGAGUCGGCCUCGCGGCUUCCCACCAAUCUCAACAUGUUACCCUACAAUCAUCAUCUAGGGUUUCUCAGUUGAAUGGACUAAGAAUCUGCCUCAAACGCCAAGUUGCGGCAAACAGAACAUGGAAAACCCGUUCCUUUGGCUCCCCUGCAUUCACAAUCUUUGCCGUCACCGCUCUGCCGGAAACACUGGCAACAGUGCAGGAUGUAAUUGCGAAGCAGCUGUCGAUUGAGGUGGACACCGUUCAGCCGGCAACUAAGUUUGCCGAUCUGGGCGCCGAUUCGUUAGAUACCGUGGAGAUAAUGAUGGCGUUGGAGGAGAAGUUCGAGAUAUCGAUAGGAGAGGGAGGAGCAGAGAAUAUUGCUUCUGUUCAAGAUGCAGCCGACCUCAUCGAGAAGGUCAAAUUUGAGGGAGCAUAAGACUUGUGCAUUCAAUGGCGUCAAAUUUUUGCUUCUUUCGAGUGGAGAUCGCAUCUUGAUUUGCUUUAAGCUUGUGAGAUUUUUCCUUUUUGUUCUGGGAUUCAGCUGUUCAUGGAUGGGGCAAAAUUUAUGACAAUAUUUUGCACUUAAAAUGCUGUUGGAUUGCUGCAGAAGAGGGUAUUAAUACAAUAAUAAAACUACGGCUUUUUGGUUC